AUGGCCAAUAAACAAGUUUACCAAAUUUUAAUAGACGAAGUGGCCAUUGCCCCAUUGAACUCUAUGCCACUAUCCACUCCAUUAGUCAAAGCAACUGCACUAAUUCUGCUUUGCAAUAUGGAACAGAUAUUAGCGCAACUUGAUUCGAUUCAAAAACGAAUUAAUCAUGCCUUGUGGCAGCAAUUGCAAUUGUCCAAGUACGCUAACAAGCUCAAAAACUCGAAUAUAGUCACUUUUGUACAACGACUUCAUCCACUGUGUCUAGAGGAUUUAAGUGUUGUUAAGUGUAGCCGCAUUUCGUUACAGCAGACGAUAAAGACUUUGACCAUGUUGUUUAGUAGCUUAUUGUUCAUCUUGUCUCGUAAAUACAAUGUCCCCUUUUUACAACUUUCAAUUAGCCAGUGUCAAAGAAGUCUCAUGAAUAGAUGGACAGACUACUUUGUAUUAGACCCUCAUAAUUUCAUGUAUUUGAUUUAG